CUAUCUCUCCCCUAUCACAUGACAGCUACCAACCAGGGAGGCUGAAGGCUAGCACACGCUUCCUGUGAAGAUAUGAAGCCAGCCACCAUAUCUUUUCAAACUGUUUCUCAUGUUAUGUGACAGGACAUCCGAACACUUUGAGGAACGUGCUAACUGCCCUUUUUUUUGCACGAGACACAGCUCUUGGAAGCAAACAAACAACUCAUGCAGGCAAUACAGCAGCGCGACACGACGUCCUUUUUUAACGUCCCGCUGACCUGUUUAUGAACCACAUGGCUUCCCAUAAUGCAUGAAGGAGCGGAGCUCAUUGCUGUGCCCUAGUUUAGUCGAGCGAUGCUGCGCUGAGAGGGUGAGCAGGAAUCUCCCAGAAUGCCCCGUGGAGGCAGAAGAUGGGGAUGGAUGCUGCCCCUGUACUGCUGUUAGCCGGUUAGCAUCGUUGCAGCGCGCGCUGACGUUUCCAGCUUCCAGACAGGCGCCUGUGUAUAGGACAGCGCGCGCGCGCGCGGCGACUUUUAACCGUCCAGCGACGGUAAACCGUAACACCUCCGCUUGGACCGGUCAGAGAGGUAGGGGGUCCACUGCCGGACGGAGCAUGGACCCCCUGACCGCCGAAACGUGUACGCAGGAUGAGCGAAGAAGCGAGGUCUUCAGCGGUCGCCGCGGAGCUAGCGGCGGGGAAGCGGGAGCGCAGCAGCCGGACUGCGAGAGGGACGAGGCGUCCGCGGGGGCUUUCACAGACCGAGAGGAACCGCUGGAGGAAAAAAUGAAAGGUCUGGCGUUCAGGAAACAGACUUCGUACAGGAAAGCCAUAUCUCGCUCGGGCUUGCAGCACCUGGCCUCAGUCCAGAAGCCUCUCCCUGCUGUGACCAACGGACCAGCCAAGGAGCUGCGUGCCACCAUCGACUGGAGUGAGAAUGCAGUAAAUGGCGAGCACCUAUGGCUGGAGACCAACUGCUCAGGAGAGAUGUGUUACCUGGGCGAGGAGACAUGCUCAGUGAAGAUUGCAAAGUCGGCUCCACGGAGGAAAUGUGCAGCGUGUAAGAUCGUCGUUCACUUGGCAUGCAUCGAGCAGCUGGACAAGAUCAAUUUCCGCUGUAAGCCUACGUUUAGGGAAGGAAACUCUCGAAGCAUCCGAGAUAACGUGUUAAGACAUCACUGGGUGCAUCGACGACGGCAAGAGGGAAAAUGCCGUCAGUGUGGCAAGAGUUUCCAGCAGAAGUUCUUCCACAGUAAGGAGAUUAUCGCCAUCAGCUGCACGUGGUGCAAGCAGGCCUUCCACAACAAGGUGACGUGUUUCAUGCUGCAACAGAUCGAGGAACCUUGCUCUCUGGGCGCACACGCCGGGGUCAUUGUACCUCCCUCUUGGAUUAUUAAAGUCAGGAAGCCACAGAGCUCAUUCAAAAACUCCACUCGGAGGAAAAAACGGACCUCUUUCAAACGAAGAACCAGCAAAAAGGGCACCGAUGAGGCAAAAUGGCGGCCGUUUUUGCUGAAGCCUGUGCCUUCACCACUAAUGAAGCCCGUGCUGGUGUUCGUUAACCCUAAGAGUGGGGGAAACCAGGGGAACAAGUUGCUGCAGAUGUUCAUGUGGACUCUGAAUCCUCGCCAGGUGUUUGAUCUCUCCCAGGGAGGGCCUAGAGAAGCAUUGGAAUUGUACAGGAAAGUGCCAAAUCUUCGCAUCCUUGCCUGUGGAGGUGAUGGGACGGUGGGCUGGAUCCUAUCUGUGCUGGACGAACUACAGAUGAACCCACAGCCUCCCGUGGCUGUUCUUCCUCUUGGCACAGGAAAUGACCUCGCCAGGACACUCAACUGGGGAGGAGGUUACACGGACGAGCCGGUGUCUAAGAUCCUGUGUCAUGUCGAGGAUGGGACAGUUGUCCAACUUGACCGCUGGAAUCUGCAGGUGGAGCAUUCACCUGCACAGCCUGAGGAGGGCACACAGAAGCUCCCUCUGAACGUGUUCAAUAACUACUUCAGCCUUGGUUUUGAUGCUCAUGUCACUCUCGAGUUCCAUGAAUCUAGAGAGGCCAACCCUGAGAAAUUCAACAGCCGUUUCCGCAACAAGAUGUUCUAUGCAGGGGCUGCCUUUUCCGACUUCCUACAGAGGAGCUCCAGGGACCUGUCCAAGCACGUCAGAGUGGUGUGUGACGGUACGGAUCUCACAGCCAAGAUCCAGGAGCUGAAGUUCCAGUGCAUUGUCUUCUUAAACAUUCCCAGGUACUGUGCAGGGACCAUGCCCUGGGGUAACACAGGUGACCACAGAGACUUCGAACCUCAGCGGCACGAUGAUGGCUGUAUCGAGGUCAUCGGCUUUACCAUGGCCUCCCUGGCAGCGCUGCAGGUCGGAGGUCACGGUGAGCGACUACAUCAGUGCAGAGAAGUGAUUCUCACCACCUACAAAACGGUGCCCGUGCAGGUGGAUGGAGAGCCAUGUCGCCUGGCACCGUCUACACUCCGUAUCUCGCUCCGUAACCAAGCCAACAUGGUGCAGAAGAGCAAGAGACGCACAUCUGUUCCACUGCUCAAUGACAUUCAGAAAGUGUGCGCAGCAGAUCUGCGCCGCCUCUCUGCUCCCCCUGACUCCUUCUCGGUCCCUCACACGGUGCCUGAACGCCUACGGCUGCGUGUUAAUCGCAUCGGCCGGCACGAAUAUGAAAGCUUGCAGUUGGACAAGGAGCGACUGCGAGAAGUCUCGACCCCUGUUGGCAUCGUGGUGGUAAGAGGAGACUGUGACCUAGAAACUUGUCGACUCUACAUUCACAGACUGCAGGAGGAUCUGCAGCAGACGCCCUCUGCUGGUCAAAGAGUGCACUAUCAGGAUGAGAGCAGAGGUUUGUCCCAGCCUGCUUCUGCACACAGACUUUCCACUAACUGGAGUUUCUUAGACUCCACAUCAGCUGACCGCUUUUACCGCAUAGAUAAGGCUCAGGACCAUCUGCAUUUUGUGACAGAGAUUUGUCAGGAUGAGGUGUUCAUCCUGGACCAUGAGACAUCUGCACUGAGCCAGGCCAGAGUCCCUGAAAUGCCAGAUGUGGUGGUGGAGCCCAGCUCGGGGGUUUCAUUGACAACAGAAGAACAAGCUUUGCUGACUGCAGCGAGCUCAGGUGAUCUGUCCACGCUGUCUAGCUCAUGCAGUAGUGGUCUCAGCUUGUUGGUUAGGGACACAGGAGGUCACUCUGCUCUGCACCUCGCCUCUCAGAACGGCCACAUUGACGUUGUCAGCUUCAUCCUGCAACAUGUUUCAAAAUUGAUCCUGGAUCUAACGGACAAAGAGACUGGUGACACAGCACUUCACAAAGCCGCAUCUCAGAGACACCAUGAAGUGUGCAGACUCUUGCUGGAGGCCGGGGCUUCCCACAACAAAACUAACUUUGUGGGAAAAACUCCCAAAGACUGUGCUCAGGAAGUUGGAGACUCUGAUUUGGCUUCCUACCUGGGGAGCAAGGAGUCCGAACAGUCAGCCACACGUGAGGAUUUAGAGACGGCUGUGUGAAGAAACACUAGGAAACUCGGUGCCACACACAGACCCUGGCUUUCACAGCUCAUGAAAGUACUGGAGUCCACUUUCUCACAUGUAAAGAGAGAGAGAGAGAGAGACAGAGAGAGAGUGAGAAGGAAAAUGAGAAGGAGAGGUGAGAAGGUCACAGCAAUGACCUAAAGGAGCCUCACAGAGACACGGAUGGGAGUCCUUUCUAGAGCAGAAACCCCGAAGAAGAGAGGAAAAAGGUUGUUGGCGCUUCCUGGGGAUCACUGUGGGUUUAGAAUGGUCUUGGGAAGCUUUGCAUUGGUAUUUAUUUAUUGCUUAUUUAUUGAUUUAUUUAUUGAAAGACUGAUUGUACUUACUUUAAGAGACAUCGUUUUCCUCCCGUUAAGCCUGUGUACUGCUAUAGUGGUAUGAGGUAUUAGAUUAAAGAUAGAUGCAAUGCAAAUUGCACAGUGCAGUUUCCAAAACCGUGGCAAUGGAAGCACUGUGAUAUACACAGAGAUAUACAGAGUAACAGCGGGCACACAAGACACUGCUGCCUAAGCCAGCCACCUCUCCUGUACACCAUGUUGUGUAUUUGUAGUUGUGUAUAUUCAUCCAUUACCACAAUUGUACUACCAACCCAGGCAGGCAAAAGGCCACAAGCUUCCUCGCAGGCAUGAGGAGUUUACCAUCACUUUUUUCCUCUUAGCCACCAGUUAUGCACCAGUGGCACUAAUUGUCAAUAUGCUUAAAUGAGUACAGUAAGUACUUGUUUCCUGAAUCAGGAGUAUACCGCUCCACGAGCUGAGCAGAGUGAUUCCUACUGCCUGAACCUAACACACCUCCUAAUUAUUUCUAUCGUAACAUAAACAGCUGAUUGAAACUCGGAGUUGACAUUAUGUGCCUCUUAUUCUAGAAAUGUCUUUAUAUUCCUUUAUUUGGCUCAUGGGUGCCUCAUGUCCAAAAUUUUUCCAUAUCAGAGCAAGUGAGUUUUUCAGAAAAUCAUUCAGUGUGGAAAACAUACUCUGCAUACAUACAGUACAUAGUGUUUAUCUAUAUUCUGACAUUUGUUCUGUUCUUUUAUUUUUUUUGUUGUUUUGCGUGCAGUGACAGUGAUUGUGACAGUGAAUUAUUAUCUUAAGAAACAAUAGAUCAUAAUCUGAGCCAUAUUCAAUGCAAUAUGAAUGGAUGACACGUGCAUUAAUCUCUUUUGUUUUUUACAUUGCAGUAAUGUUAAUAAAUGAAUGGUUGUCUAAGGCACCUACAAGCUAAAUGAUGGACGAUUUCAUUUCUUUUUAGUCAUGGUAGAGGAAUUGUCUAGCUUUGUCAGUCCUACAACUUUUUCCAGUUCGUUUAUUUAGCACUCCAACUUUCUGUUUCCACUAAUCGUAGGGCUGGCGGUUCGAUUGUGUCAAAAUGGCAACAAAACAAGAGCAGCAAGGUUCAGCCAGUCAAGACAGCAGCAUGUGUGCAUCCUCUGAUCAGAAAAUAUGAAACAGUAGCUUUUGAUGUUCGUUUUGGUAAGCCUGCAAAAAUAAUAGUGGCCACAUCCUGUUGCAUUUAAAACAAUGCGAGUUAAAAAAAAUAAAGCAUUUGCAUGAAAAUGGUCAUGAUGGAAACGUGUUACACCUGCUGUGAGAGUGGUUUAUAUAUUACUGAUCUGCUGUGUUAUUUUGUAUUAUUUGUGAUUUUAUUGUGCAUGAGAUUUUGUUACCAGGAUAUUUCUGCUCAAUUAUGAGGUUAUAAAAUGGCCUUAUUUCUGUUACUUUUAUUUUUGUUAAACAUUACUUAUCAAAAGUACUUGCUUGAUUUUUUUUUUAAUGUUUAAAUUAUGGGAAUACUUGAAUGAUGUAUAUUUUUUCAUUUCUAAUUGUGUAUUUUAGUGUCAUCACUCUAUAUUAGUGGAAUCUGAUGACUACUGGCCAUCCAUGUGUUAGAUAGGCCUCGUGUCUUUCUCCAAUAUUGGAAUGUUAGUCAUUAAAGAAUGAACAGA